AUGAAACUCCUUCUUUUAGUUUCUGCUUUUCUGGCAGUUUCCAGUGCAGCUAGAAAUGGAAUCGAUUUGAAUGUACCUGUAACUGUUUCCACAUUCCAAUGUGUCAAAAACGCUGGGUACUCUUUUGUCAUUCCAAGAAUCUACCAUUCCCUUGGAACCGUUGACACCACUGGAGUCCAAAAUGUCAAGAACGCAAGAGCUGCUGGCCUAACUGAUGUCGAUGGAUACAUCUUCCCGUGCCCUAAAACCAGUUGCCCAUCAGCUGCAAACCAAGUAAAAGCUGCACUGGAUGCUGUCAAAGCAGCUGGAACCCACGUCUCCACCCUCUGGCUUGAUAUUGAACGUCUCAACUGGCCAGCUAAUCAUGCUACGAAUCGUGCAUUCAUUGAGGCUAUGGUUGCUGAAGCUAAAGCAUACGGUCAAACUGUCGGAAUAUACACAAACUACUACAACUGGCAGGAUAUUGUCGGAUUGGAUUAUCACGCUCAAUCUAAUUUGAUGCUCUGGUGGGCUGCUUAUGAUGGAGUCAAGGAUUUCUCAAAGUAUGCUCCGUUUGGAGGAUGGUCCAAGCCAACUAUUCAUCAGUGGGAGGAAAUAACCUCAAAAGGUCCAUGUGGUAUCAGUGGUGUUGAUAUGAAUUAUGUUCCGUAA